AUGUAUGUUUUGCAGGUUCAAGAAAACUCCCCAGCUCAACAAGGAGGACUGGAACCUUUCUUUGAUUUCAUCAUUGCGAUAGGACACACUAGGCUUAAUAAAGAAAACAAUAUGUUGAAAGAUCUGCUGAAGGCAAAUGCUGAAAAAGCAGUGAAGCUGGAGGUGUAUAAUAUCAAAACAAUGAAAAUAAGAGAGGUGGAGGUGAUCCCCAGUAACAUGUGGGGAGGACAAGGUCUUCUUGGAGCCAGUGUGAGGUUCUGCAGUUUCCAGGGAGCCAGUGAACACGUAUGGCACGUUUUGGAUGUUGAACCUGCAUCUCCUGCAGCUCUCGCUGGUCUCCAGCCGAACACUGACUACAUUGUUGGAUCUGAUCAGAUUCUUCAGGAGUCAGAGGAUUUCUUUUCACUGAUUGAAUCCCAUGAGGGGAAGCCACUGAAGCUGAUGGUUUAUAACACUGAAGCAGAUUCCAUUCGAGAGGUAGUUGUGACUCCCAAUGGAGCUUGGGGUGGAGAAGGAAGUUUAGGAUGUGGUAUUGGAUAUGGCUAUUUGCACAGAAUUCCAACACAGUCUAUAGUAUCAAAGAAAAAGUCAGAAAGCAAACCACCUUCACCCUUACCAGAAGCUGGAACUCCUGUACUGUCUACUAAUGGUUACACAGAGACUCCAUUAUUGGCACCUACUUCUCAGAGUGACAACUCUGAAAUAGUUAGGAACUUGGAUCAUUCCACAGAUCAAGAAGUGAGUGGUUAUUCACCGGAAAGCUCACUUUCUCCUCCUCCCCCUCUCCAGAGAGUUAUGGAUCCAGGAUUUCUAGAUAUGUCUGGUAUUUCAUUUCCUGAACUCACUCACUUAACAGAAGUGUCCAACAUGUCUUCAUCUGCCUCCUCCAACAUGCCAGCAGCAGAUGCUUUAGCAGGCACUGAAAAGUUAAUGAUGUUGACCAAUGACACUUCUGCUUAUUUUGAACACGCCACAGCUUUGGACCCUGAAGAUGUAACCAUGUAUUCUGAAGGCUCAGUCAAGCAGCCCAAGUUGGAUGACCUACUGCCUUCAAUUCCAUCUUUACCUUCUUUUGCUCUUCCUAAUGAAAUUUCUUCAAAAACAACACUAGGAACUGAUCCCAAUAACCAAGAAACAAAGCUGCUCUUAAACAGUAUUGAGAGCUCGUUAACCACUACUCCGGUGAAACCAGAUGAUGAAGCAGCAUGUGAACAGAAAGAAGAAGAAGCUGCACAAGAUCAUGAGUGAAAUGGAUGCUGCUUUUGUUUACAGACUGCCAUAUGCUGUAAUACUACAGCUUGGAAUAUUUUUCUGAUCUUGGAAAGAAUUACAGUUAUUCUAUUUUGUUAGUGUAGACAAUAUUAUAAAAGAAAUCAUAUGAAGUACAUAUCCUGUUGUCUUUUCCAAUCAUUGUUUAAUGGAUUGACCUGUGGAUUGAUCACCAAAUUAGUGGAGAAAUUAAUGCAGAAACAAGUUGGAGACUGG